AUUGACGUUACAUUGUCCUUGUACGUCCUUGAGAACACUUCAAGGGCCUCUUGUGUCUCAUGGUGUCCGAUACUUCAGAAGGUAGAACGAUAUUUAUCAGAAACCUAUCCUUUGAUGUGGAAGAGGAUGCAUUAUACACAUUUUUUUCACAGUUCGGACCCCUAGAAUUUGCGAAAAUAGUUAAAGAUCCAGCAACACAACAUUCCCGAGGUACAGCCUUUGUAAAGUUUGUAAAUGCUGAGGAUGCAUCAAAUGUCUUACAACAAUCUGAUAAACCUGAGGUUAGUUGGAAAAGAUUAUGUUUUAUUGAUAAGUUGUUGUGUACUAUAUUACACUUCAUAAGAAAUAUACUCAAUUCCAUAAUACAACGGACGUAUUUUUAUUUAGAACGCUCAUCAAUUUUCUUUGGAAAACCGAACUUUAAAAAUAACAAUUGCUGUUUCUAGAACAGAGGCACAAAAUCUACGAAAAAGGAAACACGAAGAUGAUGCUUCGGAGGGUCUUAUAGGCCCUGCAGAUGCUGUAAAGCAAAAGGGACGUAAUUUGCAUUUAGCAUCUAUUGGAAUUAUUCGUCCUGGGUCAUCUGAAGCUGAAGGUUUAAGCAAAGAAGAUUUAGCCAGAAGGGAUGCAUUAUUGCGAGAGAAAAAGAAGAAACUAACUGAUCCAAAUUAUUUUAUUAGUGAUGUUCGAUUAUGUCUACGUAAUCUACCCUUACAUGUAUCCGAUGAUGAAUUAAAGUCUGCUUGCAUGAAAUUUCUAAAGAAAAGUACAGACCACCGAAUUUUAGAAUGUCGUAUUAUGCGUAAUCUUCAACCAGGUAGACAACAAUAUCGUUCACUUGGCUAUGGAUUUGUUGCAUUUACCAAUCAUGAAAAUGCAUUAAGUGUAUUGUAUGGUUUAAAUAAUAAUCCGAAUGCAUUCCCACCUAGUAAUCGACGACCAAUUGUUGAAUUUUCAUUGGAAAAUAUGAGAGCGUUACAAUUAAAACAGAAAAGAGCAGAAAAAUGUUUGAUGCUUCAGUCUAAAACCAAAGAAUCAUCAUCAACACCACAAUUAUUCACAAAGAAUGUUCAAAGGAAUCCACAAAAGACUAAGUCUAUAUUAACAUCAAAGUCAUCUAAUUCAACAAUAUAUAAAAAGUCUAAAAUGAAUAAUAAUCCUAAUUAUAAUAAUAAAUUAAAAAAGAAAUUAUAUUUAUCCAAAAAUAAUACUCAACAAAAAUCAUCAAUUUUACCAAAACAUUUCGGUCCAAAAAAACGUCAUCGUCAUCGUGGACGAUUAGCGGCAGCAGCAGCAGCAUCAAAACCAAAACAAAAGAAAACUCGAAAACAAAAACGUGCAGCUAAAAAUACAUAAGAUUAUGUAAUAAAUAAAGAAUAAAUAAGAAAAUGUAAAUAUGAUGAUGCUACACAUGGAUAACAAUCUCAUGUAUAUACACAUUCGUCAAGUAGUUUGUUUGUUUGUUUUGUUUUCGGUUAUUCUUAUUACUGUUGUACAAUUUAUUUGUUGUU